CCAAAAAAAUUUAGCCCAGAAACUCAAACUGAGAAAACCGCAACAGUCAAGAGAAAACCGUAACAGUCAAGUCAGCCGGAAAACUGUGAAAUGAACUCUCUGCUAAACCCCCAGACGCCGUUCGACUCCUCCGCCCACGACGACUUCCUCGAGCAAAUGCUCUCCACCCUCGGCCCCUCCUCCUGCUCCUCCUGGGCCGACGAAACCCCGCCGGCGCCGCCGUCCGCCGGUAACAGCGACAACAAUGUCGUCUUCUCUUACGACGACUCUUCCAACCUCGCCACCAAGUUCCGCAGCCACCAGAUCAGCGCCGGCGCCGCAGCGUCCAAGUCCUCCCCCACUGCCUCGGCCGCAGCCGCCGCCGCCAUGAUGCUCCAGCACCAGCUCAUGAUGUCCCGUGGCGGCUCCUCCUCCUCCGGCAACGGCGCUCCGAUGGGGUUGUCGUUGGGGAGCAACGGUGACUUCAACGAUAUUGGUGACGGCUCGUCGUUUAAAUCUCCUAAUCCGGGCGUUGUUGACGGUGGUUCUUCUGUUCAGGCCUUGUUUAAUGGCUUUACUGGAUCUCUGUCUCCGAACCAGCCUCAGCAUUUUCAUCACCAUCAGGGGGGUGCACUUCAAGCGCAGAACUAUGGAGCUCAAGCCGCAGCCAUGACCCAACCUCCGGCGAACGGCUCGGCCGGAGCUUCGGCUGCGCAACCCAGGCCCAGAGUCAGGGCCAGGCGAGGUCAAGCCACUGACCCACACUCCAUCGCUGAAAGAUUACGAAGAGAGAGAAUUGCAGAGAGAAUGAAAGCCCUGCAGGAGCUGGUUCCCAAUGCCAACAAGACAGAUAAGGCUUCAAUGCUAGAUGAGAUCAUCGAUUAUGUAAAGUUCCUGCAGCUCCAAGUCAAGGUUCUGAGCAUGAGCAGGUUGGGUGGUGCUGGUGCUGUUGCUCCCCUUGUCACUGAUAUGUCCUCUGAGGGAGGCGGUGACUGUAUCCAGACCAGUGCCAACGGCGGGACCCGCGCCGGCCGGAGCGGCAACCAAACGGCGUCGUCCAACGACAGCAUGACGGUGACGGAGCACCAGGUGGCCAAGCUCAUGGAGGAGGACAUGGGCUCCGCCAUGCAGUACCUACAGGGCAAAGGUCUCUGCCUCAUGCCUAUUUCCUUGGCCACAGCUAUCUCCACCGCCACGUGUCACCCCCGGAACCCACUGAUGAAUGGCAACAACAACCCCGUCAUUACAUCUAACGGCGGAGAGGGGCCGUCGUCUCCCAGCAUGUCAGUGUUGACCGUCCAGUCAGCCACGAUGGCCAGUAACGGCGGCGUUGACGGUUCCGGUAAAGACGCCGCCUCCGUCUCCAAGCCGUGAGACCACUCACCCACCACCACCACCACCACUCACCCAACCUAACGUGACGUGGACUCCAAGGCCCCCUACUGAAGUCUACUAAAAUAAGGCCUCUUUCAUCAGGGUGCUUUUUUUGUUGCAACGACGCCGUAUUUGCGUAGACUUUGGCUGAAAAGCUAGCUAACGACCUCUCCCAGAUCCCUAUGAAAAUUCUGUUUUUCAUGAUUUUUGGGGUGUCUUUGUCUUUUUAUUGCUUUUUUUGGUUUUUUUUUUUUGUCGCUUCUUAAUGUGAGGAUGUUUAUCUUUGAUAAUCAUUAUCAUGUUACCCUAUUACGAAAUGAUUAGUCUCUAAUAAUAGUGUGGGAAUAAUUAAGGAUCCAAA